AACUGGCAUGCGGCCCCCACUCUUCCUGUUGUGGAAGAAGCACUCGAUGAUCUAAAGCUCGUCUUGAAACCGUUGCGGAAGAAUGGAGUGGGACACAUAUGGGUAGACUUGCCUGCCUUGCUCCGGGAGCGCCUAGAGCAGAUCAAAACAUUUUUAGGAAUGUUUAUCAGCAAGUCAAAGGAGGCGGAUACGCUCGGAAAGGGGUCCUCACCUCAGUGGAUGGCAGCAUCAUUGGCAACAGCUAAUGUGCAUCAGAAAGGCACAUAUUAUGCACGCCAACUACGUGCAUGGGCCAAGGCAUUUAUCACGGACCGUGACAAUCUCCCUUUCGACCAAUACGGCCGAUCGAAGAUAUCGAAGCUUGAUAAUGAAGAGCUCACGAACGAGCUUCACCUGCACCUACAAUCGGUCGGGAGAUAUGUCAAGGCAGGGGAUCUCGUCACGUACCUCUCUGACAAAGAAGCCCAGAGUCGCUUUGGACUCAAAUCAACGAUUUCCCUCGCAACGGCGAAGAAAUGGAUGCAUACACUUGGGUAUCGCUGGCGC